GCUACGGGGACUUUUUCCCGGUCCACCCUGCCGGUUACGCCGUGGGGGUCGCCUGUGCCAUCUCGGGGAUCCUUCUGUUCGCCAUGCCCAUCGCGAUCGUCUCAGCCAACUUCUCCAAUCACUACGACAACAUCACCUCACAGGCCCAGGGGGUGCGCAGGAAGAACCUGAUGAUCAAGCUGGGUCGCCUGGCCCCCCGGCGUGAACUCCAAAACAAGAACAACCGGGGUGAUCCUAACGCACACACGCAACACGAUCACAUCAACUGUUCGUACACCUCUUCUUCCCACUGUGACGGCAUCUACAACGCAUAUUAUCAUCCCACUUUGGCUCAUUACGAGGAAUUUUCCGCGGUCGGAAAAAACCAUUUACCAAACAGCAGAAAUGACC